CAUCGCGAGGCGACGGCGCGGCCGCGGCCCGGCCCGGUGUCAUGGCGGCGGCGGUGGCGGCGCCCAGCCCGCUCCCGCCCGGCGUCCGCGUUCCGGAGGUCGACCCUGCGGCCUCCGAGGUAGCGAGCAGCGCCCUGCGCUGUCUGGCCGGGCUGGCGGGGCAGCUUAAUCUCGGAGAGGAUAUUGUGAAAGUUGUAAUCGAUUGGAGCAAGCUUCAGAGCACAUCAGCACUUCAGCCAGCCUUGCUCUUUAGUGCACUUCAGCAGCAUAUUUUAUGUUUACAGCCUCUCUUAGAAAAACUCCAGUCAUUGAUCAAAGAGGAAAAUAUAGGCCAUGUGGAACCUGGAGGUAAAACAGAAAGCCAGACAAGUUUAGAUGUUUAUGAUGGUAACAGUCAGGCUGAAGAAAACUAUGGAAGUUAUGACUUGAGAGAUGUAAAGGAUGCUCAUUUUAAUUUUGAUCCAGAAGUGGUCCAAAUAAAAGCUGGAAAAGCAGAAAUUGACAGGCGGAUAUCAGCCUUCAUCGAGAGGAAACAAGCCGAGAUCAAUGAAAAUAAUGUCAGGGAAUUUUGCAAUGUUAUUGAUUGUAAUCAAGAAAAUAGCUGUGCCAGAACAGAUGCAAUUUUCACACCCUAUCCUGGAUUUAAAAGUCAUAUAAAAGUUUCUAGGGUAGUAAAUACGUAUGGACCUCAGACUAGGUCUGAAGGAAUGCAUGGGUCCAGUCACAAAGCCAGCGUACCCGUGCAUGAUUGUGGAAACCAAGCGGUUGAGGAGAGAUUGCAAAACAUUGAAGCACACUUACGGUUACAGACAGGUGGUCCAGUACCAAGAGAUAUUUAUCAGAGAAUUAAGAAGCUUGAAGAUAAAAUCCUUGAGCUGGAAGGACUGUCUCCUGAAUACUUUCAAUCUGUAAGCUGUUCUGGCAAGAGGAGAAAGGUUCAAUCUCCCCAUCAGAGCUAUUCACUGGCUGAACUUGAUGAAAAGAUCAAUGCUAUAAAACAGGCAUUACUGAGGAAAACAAAAGAAAGCAAGUUCAAGGAGGCUGAGCAGCUUCUUCGAUAAAAGUGUUUUCAGAAUCCUCAACAUGAUUUACACAUGCCUAAACCAUAGACCUGAGCAGUGUUCAUCAGAAAUGACUAGCAAUGAAGACAAAGCAUGCAUAUAAGCUCCCUUUGGAUGAUCUUGAAAGCUUUCUUUCAGAGUAACUUGUUUAAAAGCAGCCUUAUUAAUGAAAUAGUUACUUUAAAAUGAAGACUGUUUCAGGAAUGUCAUUCUAAUAAUCCGUUCCCUUCUGUUAUAAAGGAGGACUGCAGCAUUGUUUGUAUGUGAAAUGUCUUAACCUGCACACAAAAGCUUCAUCUCACGUGUUAUUCUUGGUGACUAAGUAUUCAAAAGGACUAUCUUUUGGAUACUGGUCAUGUAAGUAGUUUGCACAGACUUGUGAAAUUCAAUUAAAUACUUCCUCACAAAUACACUGACUUUGGGAAAAAAUAAUUACCUAAAUCUUGCAGAAUGCAUGCUUACUUGUGGCGUUUUUUCUGUAUUUGUCACUGUUUUCACAGCUAUUAGAAAUGCAGCAAAUUGUAUUUGUGUGACAGGUGUUUAUGGAAACCCUGUAGGUGUAAAUAAAACAACUGUUCUUCACUUUUUCAGUGUCUUUUGGGAAUUUAAGUUUCAUAACGUGUUCACAAAUAAUGUAUUCUAACAAUCAUCCUAGAGGAGAUUUAGAGGAGCAUGCCAGCAAGGCAUCAACUUCCCUUCUGUAUGCAUGCUUACAUGACUGAAGCAUGGAUGUAAGCUUCAAAUCUGACCUUUGGCCAGACAGUGAAGUGAGAUUGUGUUGUGACUUUUUGUUUGGUUUUGUUUGUUUUUAAUAAACCAUUUUCUAUUUAUAUAA